UUUUUCUCUGUUAUUAUUACAACUUUAUUUUCCUCAUGUUUUUACCUUAUUUUCGUAAAAUUAUUGCUCUUUCUUCCAUAUUUCCUGUUUGUUUUUUUUAGUUUUCCUGUUUAAUUUUAUGUUUAGAAUGUGCCGAGGGCCAUUUAAAAAAUGGCUGCGGGCUGCAAAUGGCCCCUGGGCUGCACUUUGAACACCCCUGAUCUGAAGGGAUCCGCUACAAGAUCAUAUUUAUUGUUGUGGUUGUUGUUUGCAGUGGUGCCUUCAAAUGAUUAGAUCACAGUUACCGUUGUACACCAUAAUUUGCAAACUACAAGUACAAUUUCAAACACAUUGUGAAAUGAAUACCUAAAUGAAAACAAUGGAGUUUUUGAUACAUGUUUUGACGUAUGUCUUGUAUCGGAUGGAUUAGAUUGUGCAGGUGUGCUUGAAGUGGCCAGUGAUUGUAUUCCCACCAGCAGCGGACUUCUAUAAUCCAUAAUUUGAUAUAAUAGAAAAUAGAAUGAAAGCAGAUUAGCAUGCCCCCCAUCCUCCUGUGGACUUGUGACAUUAUUUUGUUGAACUAAGCCCACUAAGAAUUCAAACGUGUUGUCUUUCAAACUCUAACACACACACACAGCAUAUUAUCUGCUGUUUGGAACCUCAGGGGAUCUCAUUCACAUGGAAAAAAGCACAUCUUCAUUCUCAUUGGUAGCCAGUGUUGUUAAGUCCUUCGCUCCCAUUUAAACAAGCGGCAUUCCUCACCCCGAAGACAGACGCCAGGAACAUUUGACAACAUCUCAAACUAAGAUCCUGUGCUAGUUUUAUUUACAAUAAGUGUAGAAUAGCGUUUCAAUGGCCACCUUUUAGGAAGGGAAGCUUGUUUUGUAAUUCAUUUUAAAAAUAUUCAUACUAAGCUGAUAAUGGCCUCUGCUGUGGUUCCUGCAACCCAAAGUAUGUUUUCCAUAGAGCGGAUUUUGGGUUUGGAGCAAAAACGCCCCAGAACCUGCUUAAAACUCCACAGGCCUUGGGACCGGACGGGUGAGUCAAAAUGAGAUGCACUUUCAUGCAUUGCUGAGGUAUUCUGAACAAGGAUUUUAUGCAUUGUUAAUUGGCAGCUAUAGGGGAUAUCACACCAGCAACACGAUAAACUAGCAUGUUUUUUGCAUUUGUUUUCCAAAAAUACACGGAGGUGUUAGCUGCACAGUUACAUUGAAAAAAAACAAAAUGUACACACUCUUUGACAUUUCUGCUAGUGUUGUAGUCCUGCAUGCAUAAACCUAAAACCCUGAUAACCUGGUAUUGGUGCUUGUAUGAUAGAUGAUGUUUGUAGAAAUCUGAAAACUUAUACAAAUAUUAGUUGAUCUGUGUCACAAUUCAAAACAAAUCAUACAGUUAAUAGGUGAUGUGCUGCUUGAGAAUAAAGCCUGAAAGUCCCUAUGUCUGAAUGCUGAUUCCAAAAAAAGAGGUGUGCAUUGUAUGUACGAUAUUUGUUUGUGGAACUCCUCUAUUCCUGAACUGCUGCACACAAAAGGGUGAAAAUCUGUCAAAACAUGCGCCUCUACUGUGUUGCCUGUGCUAUUAUUUUUCUGACAAGUACACCACAUGGUGGCGCUGUUAUUGACUUAAAAUUGACUUAAAAUUUCUCACACAGCUCAAUGCGCUCUACUUAAACACCCGCUGUAAACUGAGGGUGUUUACAUGAAUCACCACAAAAUUUGGGAUACACCUUAAGGGGACUGACAAGCUUGUGUCUGUAAAAAUUUGAGCAAGAUUGAAAAACAUUUCCGCCAUCAAGCAAAAUGUAUUUGCUGGGGCAUGGGCGGAACUUAGUGACUAAUUGGUUUCCUCCCACAUUCCAAAAACUUGCAUGUUAGGUUAAUUGGAGACUUAAUUGGAGAUUGUCCAUACGUAUGAAUGGCUGUUUGUCUAUAUGUGCUCUGGGAUUGGCUGGCGACCAGGCCAGGGUGUACUUUGCCUCUUGCCCAAAGUCAGCUGUGAUUGGCUCCAGCAUAUCCCAUCGACCCUAGUGAGGACAAACAGUAUAGCAAAUGGAUGGAUAGAUAGUUGGGUAUGAGUGUGUCACAUGACUGUUUAAAUGCAGACAUCGAGUCAGACGAAGAGAACCAUCAACAACAUGGUCGUCAUCCUUCCUGGGCGAACAUACAGAGUCCGACUUCUAGCUGGUACAUCGGACGUAGACCUCGAACUGCCUUCACGAAUCACCAAGUGAAUGUUCUGGAAGCUGUGUUUCAGGUCAACUGUUAUCCAGGCAUCCAGCUUAGGGAACAUCUGGCCGGGAGACUGGAUCUGGAUGAGGACCGCAUACAGAUAUGGUUCCAGAACCGGCGGGCCAAACUAAGACGAUUCCUCAGAGAGAGUAGACUGAGAAUGGUACAGUCGGCCGUUGCUGACCUCAGGAUGAAGGUCAUGAGUCAGUUGAGGAGCAAUGACCAGCAGGUGGGGGAUGAGAAGGAAUGAGAGAAAAGAUCUAUUUUUCACCAUCCAUCAACAUGGCUAAAGAGAAGAACCAGGGUGGGCUCACAUUGGACUGAUGGCUUGUCAAUCACAGGACUCACAGACAUUCACAUUGUUGUCCCAGUGAGCAAAAAUACAUAAUUUGUGGUGUUUUGUUUUUUUUUAACUAUUAUGUUGCCUGAUAAACAUGAUUAAAAUGUUGACACCCUGUUAUUUUGGUGUAUAUUUUUCUGCACUGGAUCAGUGUGUGUGUAUAUGAAUAUAUAUGAAUGUUUUGUUUUCUGACUUAUACCAAAAUAAACAUAGUAAAUCAAGCAUCUUAACCUUGCUUUUCUCUCUCUUGUUGCUUGACUUGAUAUAUUUGAAACGUUUCUAG